CCAGACAGACCAAUGAGCGGAGGGACGCUACGAGAUCGCCUAUAAAAGCGCCUGCACUGGCCAGCUUGCUGCCGCCAUUUCGGGUGAGCGGUAGCGGCGACGGGUGGGUGGCGAUAUACGUGUAGGGAAGACAAUACCCCACCAGGAAAAGGUUCAGAAUGUCUCUGUCCAGUCGACAGAUGGCAAUUGUCAACCCCCCUCCACCAGAGUACAUCAAUGCCAAAAAAACUGGCCGUCUCACAAAUCAGCUGCAGUACCUGCAGAAGGUCGUCCUGAAGGCUCUGUGGCAGCACAGCUUCUCAUGGCCCUUCCAGCAGCCUGUGGAUGCUGCCAAGCUCAAGCUCCCGGACUAUUACAGCAUCGUUAAGAAGCCAAUGGAUUUGAGUACAAUUAAAAAGCGCUUGGAACAUAAAUACUAUGUGAAAGCAUCAGAAUGUGUAGACGACUUGAAAACAAUGUUCACCAAUUGUUAUUUGUAUAACAAGCCAGGUGAUGACAUUGUUCUCAUGGCACAAGCCUUAGAGAAGCUGUUUAUGCAAAAGAUGUCUCAAAUGCCUUCAGAAGAGCUAGUAAUAGGUGGAAAGGAAAGGAAAAGAAAAGGUACUCAGCCAUCUUCUGGAGUUUCUGCUAUUAAAGAAAAGUCAUCCCCCAAGGCAUCAGAAAUGGUAGCUAAGCAACAAGUGAUUCCCUCUUCUGUAUGUCCGCAGACAUCACUUUCUCCAUUGCACGUCGCUGAAGUGGCUGUGCCGAGCUGUGCCACACAGGCUGUACCACAAGUUAAAAAGGGUGUGAAAAGGAAAGCAGAUACUACAACCCCUACAGCUUCCAUCGUUACAGCUAGUAGUGAAUCUUCACCAACUCCAGUUAAACACAGAUUUGCUAAAAUACCACUUUCGAAAGAAAAAGUAGUGAAGAAUGUUGUACCAGAUUCUCAGCAACAACAUGAAGUUGUGAAAAGUGUCAAAUUAACUGAGCAGUUAACAUAUUGUAAUGAGAUUCUUGAAGAAAUGUUUGCAAAGAAACACGUAGCAUAUGCUUGGCCUUUUUAUAAACCAGUUGAUGUUACUGCUUUAGGACUCCAUAAUUACUAUGAUGUUGUUAAAAAUCCAAUGGACCUUGGAACGAUUAGAAAAAAAAUGGACAACCAAGAAUAUAAAGACGCACAUGAAUUUGCUGCAGAUGUUCGGUUAAUGUUUAUGAAUUGCUACAAGUAUAACCCACCUGACCAUGAGGUGGUAUCAAUGGCGAGAACCCUUCAGGAUGUUUUUGAGAUGCAGUUUGCCAAAAUCCCAGAUGAACCCAUUGAAAGAAUGCCUAUAUGCUACAUUAAAAAGGAUGUAGCAAAAGCUUUUUGUAGAGAAAGUAGUAGCGAUGCUUCCUCUGAGGACAACUCUUCUGAAGAGUCACCUGAUGAACGCGUGCAGCGCCUUGCAAAGCUUCAGGAGCAGCUUAAAGCUGUUCAUCAACAACUACAAGUUCUGUCUCAAGUACCUUACCAUAAGCUAAAGAAAAAGAAUGAGAAAUCUAAAAGGGGGAAGAAAGAAAAAAAGGAAGUUAUGAACAAAGAUAAAAGUCAGAGGGAAAAUUUUAAGCAAGUAAAACUAAAGAAAAAGCUGAAAACCAGUCAGCCAAAAAACACCAAGCAACAAAUGUUGGCGUAUAAAUCUGAGGAUGAAGACAAUGCUAAGCCUAUGAAUUACGAUGAGAAAAGGCAGUUAAGCUUGGACAUAAACAAACUCCCCGGAGACAAACUUGGGCAAGUGGUCCACAUAAUAGAGUCAAGAGAACCAUCUUUAAGGAAUUCUAAUCCUGAUGAGAUAGAAAUUGAUUUUGAAACACUAAAAGCAUCAACCCUGAGAGAACUGGAAAAAUAUGUCAUGGCCUGUCUGAGAAAGAGACCCAGGAAACUUCAUGCUAAGAAAAUAACGAAAUCCAAAGAAGAGCUUCAUUCACAGAAAACACAGGAGUUGGAAAAGCGGUUACUGGAUGUCAGUAACCAGUUAAAUUCUAGAAAACGCCAAACAAAAUCUGAGAAAACUCAAUUGUCCAAGGCCACAGGAGAGGCCACGCGUCUGAGCGAGAGCAGCAGCAGCAGCAGUGCCGGCGGCAGCAGCUCCUCGGGCUCAGGCGGCAGCAGCAGCAGUGAGUCGAGCUCUUCCAAUAGCAGUAAUUCCGAUUCAGAAAUGUUCCCCAUGUUAACUGGAAUCAGAGAGAGUGGUUCCCCUUCCAAAGGAAAAAUGAAGACUUUGUCUUCCUGUAGGAUGUCAAAUCAAGAUCUGUUAGCUCUUAAGAAUCUCCAAGAACCUCAACAAUUACAGACUUUGCAAAGCCUUCCAUCAGCACAAAUUAGCAUUCUCUCUCAAAGUCUUCCUGAAAUUGUGUCCCUGGGAGAUGUUACUUCUGUGCUGCAGAAUGCCCCGAAUGUCCUCACUUUUGAGCCCAUCAAUCCCAUUCUCAUUGUUUCAGAGAAUACUUCAUUAAGUGGUGACAAAAAAGAUAAGGCCAUGUCUGUAGCAAGUGCUGGAAAAUCAGCCCCCCUUCUAAAUACGAUGUGGGAAGGAAUUGACUCUAAGCCUGUGAAAAAAGUGGAAAGGAAGCCCGGACAGCCCAUCACUAACAUACUGCAUCCUACCAGCAAGGGCACGGGUGUGCUAGAGCCUGAACUUCCCACUCCUGUGAAGAAGGAUAUAAAGAUCAGGAAUGUGGACUGUUGGACAAAUUUGGGCAAAACAGUCACAAGUACAGUGCUACCAAAAUCGUCAGAUGGUGUCUUUGGGCAGUUCAGAAAAGCAGCCAUAGAAAAGGAAGUGCAGACCCGAACACAGGAGCUGAUGAGGAAGCCGCUGGAUCAGAAGCCAGAGGAAUCAGAAAGCCGCCCAGAGCAGACGGAUUUUGACAAGAAUGCAAAUAAAAUUCAAGAUGAAUGUUAUCCUGAAACACAAAAGCCCCCUCAGGCGCCAUUGGAAGUUCAGGAAGAUUGUUGGCUCAUCAAAGAUCGGAAUUUGGCAAGAAAGAGAGAGCAAGAGCGCAGGAGGAGGGAAGCCAUGGCCAGCACCAUCGAUAUGAAUCUGCAAAGCGACAUCAUGAUGACCUUUGAGGAGAACCUUGAUUAAGUUUGACACUCUGAAUUAGUUGGUUGUUGGUUCAUUCGAUGAAGCUCUGGACAUAAAGGGAGGCAACUUUAACAUAAAUCCCAGUGUGGGGGGUGAAAGCAGGCGUUUCACCCCCGCUUGUCAGUUAUAUUGGGUUCUGAUUCGUGGUGACUAAAAUUUUGAACUAUUUUCUUUAACAUCUGGUUUGUUUUAUAUAGCCAGUGUUUUUUAUAUAAGCUAUAUUUCCAAGGAAUUUCAUAAUUUUGUAAUCCUAAUUGCCUAAUUGUGGGUGUUUAUUGAAUAGUCUUGUGAAAUAUUAGGAGGCCUAUGUAGAAAUAUUCGAGACUUUAGUGUUUCUUUCUAAUUUUUACCUUUUUUUAAAUCAACCAUUUAUUUGCCUUUGAAAAUGAGCACUUACCUUAACAGAUAAAUUGCAUCAGUUGGGAGAAUGUGAGGCAUUCUCC